AUGCGCCGCCUGCUCAUGCUGCUCCCCGCAGCCUUAUCACUCGUCGCGAAACGCGUCGCGCGCCGACCGCUCACGCGGCGACACCUGAACCGCCUCUUCCUCACGGCCGAGGAGGCGACAGCGCCGCAAUUGACGUUGGACGCCGCCGACCGGCGCGCGGAGCACGUGAAAACAAUCAUCUGGCGCGGCGCGCCGCCGCCGAACGCGACGCUGCGAGUCGGCGUCCUCGACGGAGGGGCCGCGGACUGCGCCGCGGCGCUGGACGGACAAGGGCGGCUCCGGCUCGAGCUGCCCGAGGGGUUGGCGACGCCGGCGACGCGCCCCCGCCUGGACGUGAUCCUGGCCUUGCCCGCGCCGCUGCGGCUGAAACGCAUACUGCCGACGUUAUCUUCGCUCGGCGUGGAUAAUUUGUGGUUGUGCGGCGCGCAACGGACGGAGCGGAGCUACUUCGGGGCCAAAUUCCUCGAGGGCCUCAAACGGGACGCGGUGCCGCGCGCCGCGCCGGCAGGGAAGCUCCGCGACCUGCUCGUCGAGGGCGCCGAGCAGAGCGGCGACGGCGCGCUCCCCAGAGUCGCGCUCGCGGGGUCGUUGCGGCCGGCGCUGCGGGCCGCGGCGGAGAACGACUACGCACUCCGACUCGCGGCGCACCCGGACCGGGGCGAGGGCUUCGAGGCGCUCGACGACGCGACGGGCGCCAUGACCGAAGUGCCGCGCGCGCGGCGGCUCCGGGAGUUAGUGGAGGGCGUGGACGCGAGCGGAAAAGCGGUCCUGUGCGUCGGCCCCGACCGCGGCUGGGAGGAGCCCGGGGAGCUCCUCGCGCUCCGGCGGCACGGCUUCGACCUCGUGACGCUCGGGCCGCGGACGCUGCGGACCGACGUGGCGCUGGUCGGCCUCGUGGCGCUCGUGCAGGACUGGCUUGACUCGUAG